AGCUUUCAGGCAGAUGGGAAUCAGCGGAGAGAUUGCUUUCAAGAGUGACGACUUCCUCGGUAUUCCAUGGAGAUCCAACUCGACAGAAGAUGCUCUCGCUGUUGAGCGUCACACCGCGUUCCGCCUCGGCGUCUUUGCUGAUCCAGUGUACACGACUGGUGACUGGCCGCAAAUCAUGAAGGACACCCUCCCACCUGAGUAUCUGCCACGUUUCACUCCCCAGGAAAUCAAAGAUAAUCUCGGAACGGCGGACUUCUUCGCCAUCGACGCCUACCGUGUCCAGUACAUCGUGUCUCCGUCGGUUGGUAUCGACGCGUGUGUCGCAAACACCUCGCAUCCACUGUGGCCUGAAUGCAAUGACGUGAUGCUCUUCGAUUCUUCAAAUGCGGGUUGGGCGGCUGGCAUCAGUGCCGAUGCGCGUUCGACCUGGCUGCAGGCUACGCCGAAUGCCCUGCGAACAUUCCUGAAGGGCUUGCACACCCGUUGGCCUACGAAGAAGAUGUACGUCUCUGAAUUCGGAUUGACGGAACCGUUCGAGUGGGCCUGGACCGAUCUGUUCCGCAUCACGGAAGAUGUAGCACGAACCAGUGAGCAUAUCCAUCCUCUCAUACUCUCGCCCUAAGAUUGUUCGAAGAUUACUUCAUGACCUAUCUGGGCCAAAUCAUGCUGUCGAUUCACGAGGACGGCGUGCCGAUCGCUGGUAUCUUUGCGUGGGGUGAGUUGUACAGCUAUCUCCUUGUCUAAUGCUUCACGCGCUCUUGCAGCUAUGCUUGACAAUCUGGAAUG